UAUCGUACAAACGUGCGGCGUUUAUUGUCUUGUUUGAAGCGCAGACCGCACGUGUCGCUGUCGACGGUCCUGUUCUCUGUUAACGCCGUGACAGUGUGACACUUAUCACACCAGUGUAUACUGUUGCGGUGCGUUGUCGUCCGUUCGUUACCCCGACCGGCUCGUCGCCCCGUAAGCGCCAGUAGUGUAAUAAUAAUUAUCAUACCGCACGGGUAGUUCAAAUUUUCGACUGAACGUCCAUUAUAAGUACAGGACUUGAAAUGGAGGUGAACGAAGAAAUAUUCAAAGCGAUUUUCCUGAACGAUUUGAAUAGGCUACAGAAGAUAUUCGUCGACUACAGUAUCGGCUCGUGGAACAUGUUGGACAAACGCGGCAUGGCACCGGUUCACUACGCGUCGUUCAAAGGAAACUUGGACAUUGUCUGUUGGCUAUUGGACAAGGGCGCCGACGUUAACUUUGGAAAACACAGGUAUUCAAAUUCUGCCUUACAUUUUGGUGCUCUUAACGGCAGUACUGCAGUGUGCCAGCGAUUGUUGGAAGCUGGAGCCAAGAGACAUGUGACCAACAGCAUUGACCGCACUCCAGCUCAGAUUGCUAUUGAUACUGGCAAUUUUGAUUGUGCUAUAUUGAUCAACAACUAUUUGCCCAAAGAAGAAGUAAUGUGUUUCACAAAACCUGGGUAUUCUGAAAAUGAACCAAAGUUGUCAACCGCGUUGGCAAAACUUGUUUACAAAUUCAUUAUGAUGACUAAUAUCCAUCCAGUGAAAGUGGUUUUUGAAAUACCUCCUGAAUUUCUGUCUGAUGAUAACACAUUGACAAUUUUCAACGUAUUGCAUUUGUUGAGCAGGCGUGAAUUUGAAAAGCAUCACGAUACAAAAGAAAUGCUGUGUUUCAAAUUUCAUUAUUUGGCUACUAUUCUAUUUGAAAUUUCCAACUUAAAGGAUAUAACAAGUAAAAAACCAACAGAUCCCAAGGAAGUGUUUCUUCAAAAAGUAUCGAGCAGCCAUAAUUUUUUGGAACAGUUUCUCAAUAAUGUCAUUGUUAAGUUCAACUUCAAGGAUUCUACAAUUUUUAGAACAAUGGUAGAUUAUAUGACACGAGGAAUGGAUAGUAAACUACCUCUUGAAAUUAUAUUGUUAUUGGUUGGAAAUAAACGUUCUCAGUAUGGGGAACCAGCUAACAGUCAACCUAUAACAUGUGGUGCAUGCGAAGAACCUAAUGCUUCAAAAAAAUGUCGCAAAUGCAAAACUGUGAAAUAUUGCAACCGCAAGUGUAGGAAAAUUCAUUCAAGUAUGCACAAGAAACUAUGUAAAAAAAUACGUAAGGACAUCUUAGCUUCAAGAUCAUCUGAGGAGACUUCUGCUUUAGGCGGAUGUUUUUCUAAACUGGGAUUUAAAUGAAAUGAAAAAAACAUAAUUUAGUAGAUAUAUCAUUUCAAAAAAAAAAAAAAAUAUAAUAUGAUUUAGUUAUAAUUGUUACAUAUAUCUUUAACAUUAAGCUUAUCGUGUGUAAAAAUAUAUUAUAACAUUUUUUUUUAUUAUAAGUAUCAUCCUAAAGUUAAGCAUAAUUAAAAUAUAAUAAAAAAAUUAGAUACCUUUAAUCACAAUUUAAUCGUUAAUACAUUUUAUAAUGCAAUUAAAACUUUAAACUAGGUAUAUAAUUGUAUUUGUCAAACAUUUAAAACUUAAUUUGUUCCUGAUUUUAAAAUAUUUUUUUGGAUUGAUGUUUUUAUUCCAUUGUAUUUUUCAAUUUUUAU